ACCGGUCUUGUUCGCCGCGAAACACGAUUGAAUACGAUCCACGGGAUCGAAGUGAUUUUUCGAUUGAUAUCCACUCCCCUACGGUCGAUCCGCGGAGACGAUCGUGCAAGUGGUGGGGUGGUCGCGGCAGCACGCAGGCGACGAUGUCGGGAACAGGAGCGGUGUUAUUCUUUGGGCGCCGAUCACCGCGGCGCAUUCAUUUUUAGUGAGGGAUUGGCCGGGGAACUGGAACGCGGACACGGUCAACGCAAGAGACACCUGUUGCACCGUAGAGUAAGCCGGCUGCCGUAAUACCACACGUUUCGAGACCAACCGCCCCGUCGUAAUUUUGAUUUGUUGAGUGAAACGACAGGUCCAUUUGUUCGCGAAGCGGACACCGUGGUUUGUUUGCGAAGUGAAGUAACCCUCGCCGGUCUUGUCUCGAGUGAAAGAGGCAGCGCGAACAAGUUUGGGACCAGUCCCAAUCGUAUCGUCCUUGCGUUAGGUUGUGCAUCACAGUCAUUGUUUCCUUGUAUCAAAUUCAUUCAAUGCACAGUGCUCCAGCAGACUUGGAAACGAGAACUGGAAAAGGAGAAGUUGCGCGCGGCACAGUCCAACGUUGUGCGUCGAUUUAAACGCUGCGGAAUAAAGGAGCGAGUAGCGACAAACAAGUGCCGCAAGUGCGGAUAGGAAUCGAUAGAUCGAUUGAGUGUUCAUGUGAACCGAUAACACGCAUCGGAAGUGGCCAUGUCGAAGUCAUUGAGGUUGGAGGACGACCAAUUUUUCGCGUUGAAGAAGCUUAGGCGGUCGGUGGAAGACAUUUUGCAGCCGCAUCACGACGAUUACUUUCUAGUGCGCUGGUUACGAGCUCGGAAAUGGGACGUCGCCGCCGCGGAGAAGAUGCUACGGGACUCUAUAGAGUGGCGAAGACAGUGGGAUGUGGAGAAAUUGUCAGAGUGGGAUCCACCGCAGAUUCUGAAGGACUAUCUGCCGCAUGGUUGCACUGGUUUUGACAAAGAUGGUGCACCAGUGAUUGUUGUAUAUUUUGAUGCGCUUGACUUGUACGGAAUAUUGCACGUGAUCACGCGAAGGGACAUGAUCAAAGUCACCAUCAAAUAUUUGGAGGAAUAUCUGAAACUAUGUCAGGAGCAGAUGCAGAAGCAUGGGCCCGCAGCCGGAAAAGUGGUCGUCAUCUUCGAUAUGCAGGGAUUCAAUUUGAGGCAAUACCUCUGGCGACCAGCUGGAGAAGUGGUCAUCACAUUAUUGCAAAUGUAUGAAGCCAAUUAUCCAGAGAUAUUGAAGACCUGUUAUAUCAUCAACGCUCCCAAAGUAUUCGCGUUCGCAUUCUCGGUGGCGAAGAAAUUCAUGAACGAAUACACUCUAUCGAAAAUUCAGAUAUUCAAAGCUGACCCUCCGAAAUGGCAAGCGGCGAUAUUCAGCAAUAUCGGGAGAGACCAAGUGCCAGCCUUCUUCGGGGGCACGCUGAAGGAUCCAGACGGCAAUCCGAAGCUCGGUACAAAGAUUUGUUUGGGUGGUAAAGUGCCAAAAGACAUGUAUGUGAACAAUAUAGAGAAAGAUAGGCAGACUGACUAUACAACAGUGACGAUACGGAAAGGUGGGAAACUGGAGCUUGACAUGCAUGCAUCAGAAAUGGGAUCCUUGCUAAGCUGGGAAUUUCGAUCCGAUGAUCACGACAUUAAAUUUGGUAUCCUGAAGAAGGACACUAAUGGGUCGAAGAAGGAAAUUGUACCAAUUCGACGAGUAGCUGCUCAUCAGUUAGAGGAGAUUGGAAUCCUCACGUGUGAAGUACCUGCCACCUAUUCCGUUGUUUUCGAUAACAGUUAUAGUCUUCUCAGGAAUAAGAAAAUUCAUUAUUCCGUACGGGUGAUACCGCCGACGGAAUCACAAGAAGUAACACAGGCUUCAUGAUCAAUUGAAAUCAGGAACGAAUAAUUUAAAGAACAUUCCCAAAAGAAUUGUUAGUACAUGAUAAAAAACAAUGGACUAACAAUUUCACUUUUUUAAAAUAAUACUAUUAUUUAAGUAGCAAAAUAUAUGUUUCUGUUAUACAAGAAAAUUUUACAAAUUUUAUAUAAAUAACUUAUUUGCUCAUUCUUUAAGACUACUUUUUGUAUGUAUUGUUCCCUUCCAUUUUGCAAUUGUAUUAAAGGCUUACUUUUUUCAUUUUUAUUGGUUGUAAAUGCUAUUAUACUGUAAAUGUAACUUAUCAAGUUUAUACUAUUUAUAUAAAAGAGGAUAGGAAAUUCUAUCAAGGAUUUGUAACAAUAAAAAAAAACAUUUUCAACUUUA